AUGAAGAUUAGAUAUGGAUCGGAGGUUAUGGAUCUCUGCUUGCCGAAAGUCAAAUUUGAGAAGCCUACUCCGCUCGAUAACUCGAACCGGCCGGUGCCUAGCGUUUCGCGGAAACGUUUUACAACGUCCGCGAAACGCAGCAAGCUGGGUAGCAAUGGAAACAGGGCAGUGGCCGAGAAACGACGAAGUAGCAAAUGCUCGAAGCACCCUCGUAACGUCGUGCAGACUAUAACGGCGAUGCUCAACAACCAGAUCGGCUCGGGUGCCUCGAAGCAUAAGGACGAUGACGAGUACGUGCAUACGGUGGUGGUAACGUCGUCCAAGAACGACUUCGUGUUCUGUCGUGUAAGUGUCCUGGUGAACGAUGGCCACCGGCCAACGUUUAGUCAGUUGGACAUGUGUGUGGUGUGCGGCAGUUUCGGUAAUGGAGCCGAGGGAUACCUGAUUCCGUGCAUGCAAUGCGGUCAGUGCUACCAUUCGUAUUGCGCCAAUGUAAAAGGAUGCGGUCGAGGCGAUGACGAACAGCAGCUACUGCUGUGCGACGAGUGCGACGUGUCGUUCCACACCUACUGCUUGAACCCUCCUCUAGCAGCCAUCCCUCAAGGCUCUUGGCGUUGCAAAUGGUUUGUCGUUUGCUUUUACAUUUAUCUCGUUGUCCGUUUCCGUUUCUGCAUGGACAUUAACCAUACUCUCUGUCUCUGCAGGUGUUCCAGUUGCCAACUUUGCGGUUCCUCGCGACUGCCACUCCUCGAGUACAGUGGCAGCGUGAAAGUAUGUGCCAAGUGCUACAGUCUGUACACGUGUCCGAUCUGUCGCGCCGACUACCGGGACGAGGAUCUCAUAAUCCUGUGUGAGCAGUGUUUGUGCUGGAGUCACAGUAAAUGCAAUGGCCUGCUCUCGGACGAGCUGGUCGACAAGGCUGCUGACGUCGGUUUCUUCUGUCUCCUGUGCCGACCCCUCGGCUGUAACAUGGCGAUGUAUAAAGAAGUUCAGUCGACAGUGGCUCCGACCUCGGUCGCCUCACUGUCCAAUCCCCCGGCGAAAUUGCCGACCACAUCGACGGCGGUGGCGGUUUCGGCGCAGUUCGUCAUGGAAGGUGUGAUGCUGACCAAACGCGGCAUUUCCGCUGUCCAGUGGAGAAGUAAAAAUCCAUCGAUGUCGUUGACUACUUCCGUUGAGCCGACCAGCACCAUGUGCGCCCAGGCGACAACCAACCGCAUUUUGCAGGACCUGAACGAAACGUUUGACUGCAAUGGCAAUUUCUUGAGUCGUGCGUUGGCCGAAGACCCGAUCGACGGUAAAUGGCUUCUCGCCAAUUUCUUUACCUUCCUCUGUCCCUGUUCGUUUUUCCUUCUUUUUGGUCGUAGGUCUAUCGUCCUCUUAUAGAA